GCUGCGCUCCACUUAAGCGGCGCCACCGGACCCGUCAAGGCAUCCUUUCCGGCGGAGUUGCGCAGAGUGGACGGACCCUGAUCGCCCCGUGGUGCGCCUCUGGACAUCGUCGCCGUGCAAACAAAGGGCCGGAGAGAGAGAGACCGGGCACCUCCUGGGGGGUUACUCGCGUUCAGGGCUCGGGCAACUUAAAUAGCUGCGCACCAGCGCGCACAGCAGUCAAAGGAGCGUGGGGACUUGGAGGUAGCUGCGCACCAGCAGAGCCGGGAAAGAGCAUCGCCGAGAGAGCAUCGCGCCGCAGGAAGAGCAGCACAAAGCCCUCUUCCGAUGCCUGCCCAACUAGCCCACGGGGAGGUAAGGCGCCGCUUCCUCCUCCUUAAUAAUUUUUAUUUUAUUUUUUAAAAUGGUGAGUCGCUUUCUCUUGCCCAAGGCAACCCAGAGCGGCUGACGACUCAUCCAUUCCCCUUGGUAGGUCGUUGCUGCCUGUCCCGCGGGAUGGGGGUGCGUGGACAGCUCCUUCUCCAUCCGACCCCCUGGCUUGGGAAGCCCGGUCCUCAUCCUUUCCUGGGCAAGAGCCGGGGAUCAGCAUCCUUCCUGCCUGCCUGCCUGCUUGUCCCUUCCCCUCCAGCUUCCCAGAGCAGCUCCAUUUCCCCAAGCAUCCCCUUCCUUUAGUGUUAUCAUCCUUCUUUGAUGGCCGCGUCAAAAGGCCCUGCAAAAACGUCCAUUAAAAAAAAAAACCCAAAAGCAUUCCGGUCUUUUCCCUGCGCGCACCUCCUUAAACCAGAGGGUAAGUCGUCCCUCUCGUGUGAAUAAUGCAAGCCCCGCGCCGAGGUCUUGCCCUGCAGCCAGGCCUUCCACAGCCCGACCUGGUUUUUGCAACGGCUUCUGUGCGCAAGGGGGCGGAGGCGCUGCGCAAUCGCUGGCGAUGCGCGCCGCGGAGCGAGGCAGGGGGGCGUCACUAGCCGGGCCAUUGGCAGCGGCUUUGUGAUGGAGACAGUGGGGAAAGCUGCCGGCUGCAGCCUUCUUUGCCUUUUCCUGGGAGCAAACCCUGUUAAAGGCAGUGGGGUUUGCAUGGGAGUAAACACGUAUGCGCUGCGUUGGAGGGAGAGAACCCAGUCUCUCCAAGCCACGACUGCGCCACUGGUUGGAUCUUCUUUUUCACCCGAUGCCUCACUGCGGUCCUGGCAGCCCAGCUGCAGCUCCGAGUAUGACAGGCUGCAGUCUCAAUUUGCAUUUACUUGCGAGCAAGCUCCUUUGCAACGCGCCCCCGGAUUGAAACGUGCACGUUAGUUUCUCUUUGGCAGAAGAGCUUUCGGCGAAAAGGGUAUCCUUGCCAGGGCUUUUAGCAAGAUUAUAGAAUGAGCAGGUUACUCCCGGGAGGCCACCUGGCCUUUAGGAAUGCGGUUUCUGCUGCCAACUCGCCUUUAGCAUGCUUGAGAGAGCAUCCAGGUCAUUCUCAAAAGCCUCUUCCGCUGACAAUACCUGUCCAGUCAAAAACGGCAGGCAGCCUUUGGCGGAUGGGGGGGGGGGAGGACUGCAUAGGUGCCACAGAUCUACACAAGCUAAGCAUCCACAGAUCUACACAAGCUAAGCAUCUGUGUUGUCUCAAUGCCAGGAAAGAAAGUGAUAAUACUAGCGUGUUCUUGCAUGAGUGGCCAAUCUUUUAUGUUACUCAUAACUUGCUACAGUGCACAUCUGGUUCCCUGGAUUUCAAAUAUCCAGGAGCCAAACCUCCUUAGGUGGUGGUCUCACAUGCCCUCAGGCAAUAUUGUUAAUAAAUGUUGCUGCUAAUAGAAAUACAUUUGACCAAAAGUUCAAUGAAACACAAAAAGCUGCUUAUUUUUUAAAUUUUCCUCCAUGCAAACUGGUCUGUUAAAAGGAAACGAGUUACUCAUUCUGUAUUCUCCAGGACCAUCGUAAAAAAGAAGUCUCGACUCCAGUGUUCAUUUCAUAUUCAAUGCAGUAAUGCUCCUUAUUCAUUUCUCUUGCUAGAAAUAGCCCGUCGUGUCCCAGAGGCUCAAAGCUGUUUCCAAAUCCCAAGAAAUUAGACUGCAAUCUCACACCCCCUAAAGCAAUUACAGUACAGUACUGACUUCUCUGUAGACGUAGUUAGGACUGCAGGCCUAGUUACCGUCUCAGUGAUUCUCUGUAUCAAACAAUGUUGAUUCACAUUGUUCAGCGGGGUUUCCUUCCUUCCUUCCUUCCAUGUGUGCAUUACACGGGAUUGCAGCCUAGAUCUUUUUAAAUUCUCCAUUAGAAUGAAUGGGACUUAAGAAGUGUUUGACUUUGGCUAUAAAUUGUGUCCCUUGCAACUUACCAUCACAUUGAUACUAUAGCAAUGUUAAUUGGUUUGUAGAAAAAGGUGGGAACCUUUGGACUCUCAGACGGAAUGGAAGGGUAGAUCUUCUCCAAUGAGCUUUCUUUGGCAUUCCUGUAUGUUUUUAUAUGUUCUGGAAGCUGCCCAGAGUGGCUGGGGAAACCCAGCCAGAUGGGCAGUGUAUAAAUAACAUUAUUAUUAUUAUUAUUAUUAUUAUUAUUAUUAUUAUUAUUCGCCUUAUGUGGUUACCAUUGCACAAGGAGGGAGAGGGGGGCGCACUAUCCCUUCCAUCACAUUUCUGUCACUCCUUGUUGCAUCACCUCCCCCUUUGUUACAUCAUCCCUGCUUCUCCUGCAUCUCUCUUAAGGCGUGACAGGGAAGCCUGUCUACUUGGGCAAGCUUGAGCCCUGAUUUUUUGAAGGCUCCAAAUUACACGGGCCACCCACACAAAUCCAAUGAGGCUGCAACUGAAGCAAUCAUUCAGUUAGCGAAAUGAGAACAGAUAAAACAAUAACCGCGGCUGUGAAACACAGAGCGUCUGAUUUGCUCACUGUUGCGCUGCAGAGUUAACAGUGGUGAAUAGCCUGGCAGAAUAGCCAGCUCUUAUGCUGAUGCUGUAACUGAGCUAAAGUGAGUGCCAAACAUAACUCAGGUUAGAGGGUAUUCCACAUUUGGGGUGCCACCACAGGGAAGGCCUUCUCCUGUGUCACCGAAUGGUUUCCAAAGUCACGAUGAUAAAAAGAGCCCAUCUCAAAGAUCUUAAUGCCGGGCUACUGCAAUGCUGCGUCAGAUUUCUAUGUCCCAAGCCUUUCAUGGAUCACACCCAAUGCUUUGAAUUCUGACCAGAAACAUAUUACAGUGGUACCUCAGGUUACGAACUUAUUUCGUUCCAGAGGUCCGUUCUUAACCCAAAACCGUUCUUAACCUGAGGCGCGCUUUUGCUAAUGGGGCCUUGCGCCGCCGCACAAUUUCCAUUCUCAUCCUGGGGCAAAGUUCUUAACCCGAGGUACUACUUCCGGGUUAGCGGAGUUUGUAACCCAAAGUGUUUGUAACCUGAGGUGUUUGUAAUCUGAGGUACCACUGUAUUUAUUUUAUGUCAUUCAUUUCACAAAAUUUGCACACUGCUUGAUUGUAAAAAGAAAAAUACCAUAUUAGGUUAAGGUCUGAUUAACUACAAUAAUAAUUUCCUCCCCUUUUUUGCAAUGUACACAAUAUAUUUUUGUUGUUGUUGUUGUUGUACUGUUUCAUUUUCCACAUGGGUACUAUUUCUUGUUUCUCCUGUGCGCUUGUAAAGAAUGCAUACCUAUUUAUAUAAUCGUGCAUAUAUUCCAAUCCUCGGGAUAUAUUUAGAAAAAAAGAAAAGGGAAAUCCCUAAAAGCAGCUUACGACCCUGCAUUAGCAGAGUUGCUUCCAGGCUGCGUAAGGGCGCCAUCCCACGCCUCUCUUCUCAGAAGUAAGCUUAGUGGGUUCAGUGGGGCUUGCUCCCAGGGAAGUGGGUGUCAGGAUUACAGCGUUCAUCACCCUGCAGCUUCACUGAAAUGGAUGAGCCAAACCGUGCCUAACUUUGAGAUUGAAGCAUGACGAUAAGACCAGUCCCUGAUGCUAUUCACUCUCACCAGGCCAGGUUUAGAAGCCAGAAGCCGUGGGGAGACUCCUCCCAGCACCUAUGUGGGUUUUUGCAGCGAGAAAACCUGGUCGCUUAGAGGCAAGCAGUUCAUUUACCUGCCACUGCAAUUAACUGCAGGCUUAUUAUUAUUUUUGGAACCAGGGACUGAGGAGGAGCAGGAGGAGCCAACCUUCCUGGGUCCUCCUCGUGUGUAGUUUUGGUACAGUCUGUGUAAGCUGCUUUGAUUGGCGGAGGUGGCUGUGGGGUGAGGGUGAGGAGAGCACAUUAGUCAUUGUGGUUCUGGGCUGAGGUGAUGAGGUGGAGAGAUUUUAUGGGAUUUGGGGGGGAAGGGGCCCUCCUGCCAGUCCCAGCCCCUUUGAUGCCUUCAUUGUUCUGUCUCUCCCUACCGGUCAGAGGCAAUAGACAUAAUUACAGCCAGCUCAAAAGACUAUACAGGAACCUCUGUGGAGCUGUUUUUUGGAGUAGUCUAAAGAAAGCCAGGCUGAUUUAUUUCCAUUUACGAAUCGCUUCCUGUCUCGAAACUGUUAGCAAUAAAAACCUCAAACAGAAGACAUUCUCUUAAAUUAGUUGCUUGACAUGAUUAUCUUUACAAUUUUAUUUCAGCUCCUUAUUUAUUUUUUCCUUGGGCUCUCUCUAUGUGUGUGUGGCCUUGCUUCUUUUAAAUUUUGUUUUUAUUUUACCUUUUGAUGAUUUUUAUGCAUGUUGCAUAUCGCCUCACCUUUCAAAUGCCAGCUGAAAACUUUUUCUUUUCUAUCAUACUAAUGCAGGCAAUUAAGAAUACAUUUUUCCACAACUUUCUUGGUGUGGCCUUUCUUGUACGGCUUCAUAUAUUAAUGCUGCAAAGUGCUCUGCUUUUCCCUCCAGUGAAUGAUUUAUAAAGCAAACAAACAGAUCAUUUCAUUUCCCCAUUGCUGACUGUUAUUUCCUUCUGUGCCGAAGAUUUCAAUAUACUGUAUAGACAAACAAACAACAAACAAACACUAAUUUCAUAUACAAAAACAAUUCAAAUCUAAUGCAGAUGCUGACUGGACUAAUUUAACAUGCCCAUUUUCUUUCUACUGUACGGUGACUUCCAGCUAAAGUCAUCAUAAGGGGGCAUGAUAUGUUAUUGAACUACAGCUCCCAUCAUCCAUUGCUGGGGCUGAUAGGAUUUGGAGUUCAAAACAUGUAGAGGGCACCACACUGACCAUCCCUUCUCUGGUUGCUAUGAAGGCUUUAGAAGAGGAAUAAACAUGGUUAGGAAAAGGAGGGGAAAUCUGGUACAGUUUCAUUGAGUAUGACCUGUCAGGAGACUCAAGACAUCCCAGGAAUGAAAAUCAUUUAUUUAUUUUUUGAAUUUGCAUUUUUUGAAUUUGUUAACAUUCUUAUAUUACAUCGGUAAACGUUGUCAUAUUACAUUACAGGACUUACUAUAAUAUAAUUUCCAACACGUAUACAAAAAUUAUAUACAAAUUUUAUAUACCUAGAAAGAAAAUGAAACAAACCAAAAAAAAAGAACAAAGAGAAAAAACAAAAACAAAUCCCCCCCAAAUCAUAUACAUACCAACACACUAGACUUCUUGUCUAUCCUGUUGUAUAUUCCUUUUUUACAAAUGAAUGUACUCUUAUUAUUGUAUAUUUCUUUACAUUUUAUCUAAUACAUUCCUAUAUCAAUAUGACUGAUAUCAAUCAAUAUCAAAUAAGUCUUAUUUCUCAACUCAUUCUCACUCCAAUGUCAAUCAAAUGCUAGCGUAGAUAGCGAACCUUUACUGUACAGGAAUGAAAAUCAAGAUGAGAAAAGGUUACUGUCCUCACCCUUUGCUAUAUACGGGGCUUAUUUCCCCCAGCCAGAGCUCACCGGAGCUCAGCUCCGGCACCUCUCUGGUGGGCACCGUUGCCAUCCUAAGAGAAUAAGGGGAAAAUUCGUGGUAAGCUCUGGCACCUCUGGGGAUAGGGCAAAUGCUUCAUGCCACUGCUCCUGGUCUGAUACCCAUUGCUGUGAGAAGAGGCUUAAUACCGUAUUUUUUGCUCUAUAAGACUCACUUUUUCCCUUCUAAAAAGUAAGGGGAAAUGUGUGUGCGUCUUAUGGAGCGAACGCAGGCUGCGCAGCUAUCCCAGAAGCCAGAAAAGCAAGAGGGAUUGCUGCUUUCACUGCGCAGCGACCCCUCUUGUUGUUCUGGCUUCUGAGAUUCAGAAUAUUUUUUUUUCUUGUUUUCCUCCUCCAAAAACUGGGUGCGUCUUGUGGUCUGGUGCGUCUUAUAGAGCGAAAACUACGGUAUAUGGCAGGUCUCAAGAGUAGCUUUUUGCACCAUCUUAGUGCCUGCUCCCGCUUGCAUUGUGAUUUUCUCAUGUGGGCGGGAUCUCAGUGCUAUUUGCCAGUUCGGAGGAGGAGGCAGCGUUGGAGAAUGACUUCCCUGCUGCCAGCUGCGCCCGGCUGGAGCCUGUCUCCUGAUCUACUCUGUUCUCCGACGAGUCUCUCAUCAGGUCAUGUCGCCUUUCUUGAAACCUUCUGAUGGUGUGACAGUGCGAGUCACUUCUGAAACAAACUAUGUAAUGUCCUUUCGAUCGAAGUGCCAGCAAUUAGGAAGAAUUAAGAUCUGGAAUUUAGAUAAAUGCUUUGUGUUGUUUAUGGGAGGGAGGGUUAUAUCAUUGAUCACCUGAUGCUUCAUUGGAACAGUUGCAUAAGGUCAAAAUGGGUUGAUUGGGAAUAGCUACCGCUGGCCUGUUUCCUUGUAUGACGGCAGUCACUAGUCUGAAAGAACUGCCACACAGAGAUGGGCACUAAAUGAAGGUUGCCAUCUUGCUUAUGUGUAGAAAAGAAGUGGCCGUGUGCCACGAUACCUUGGUUUUUUGCCAGCUUGUUUAAAUGAUGAUAAUUACAAGCAACAAUUAGCAGUGGCUUCCCAACAUGGCCCAUCUUCCUGAACGUGCCUCAGGGCCCAGGAGCCAUUUAGCCGCCUGUGGAUUUGCCUAACAUAACAAGAGCUUUGAUUCCAAUUCUUCUCUUUGUGACUUUGGUUUUUGUUUCCCUUUCUCUGCCCCUUGUGCCAGAUUCCCUCAGAUUUCUCCACCACCACUGCCUUCGCUCGCGUGGCCCAGAAUGGGGCUGCUAGCAUGGAGAAGGUCCACUCCGCCCAUGAGGACAUCGGACCUCGCAGAGAGAUGACUGAUGACGUUUUCGAUGAGACCUAUCGUGAGAAAGAAGGCCCCAAGCCGCAGAAGAGAUACGUCUGGAGGAACAUAAUUCUCAUGUCCCUCCUCCAUUUCAGUGCCGUGUAUGCAGCUGUCUGGCUCACCCCUACAGCGAAGUUUGCCACCUUGGUGUGGGGUAAGCAAAGAACGUGUUGAUUUCCCUCUGAAGGAAUUGCCUGCUUGUUUUGCUCUGUUUUCUGACCUCCUGCGCAAUGGGAUCUGCCUCUCAUCAUUGCCGUGUUCAGCCUUGCUCUCAGAGGGCCUCGGGGAGAAUUAAUUACCACCUGUGAACACAGGAACAGGCUCCAUCGGGAAGCAUUGUGGUUGUUGUUUUUUAAUUAGUUCAAAAGCGUAUUGUAGCACACACUUAAGUUCCCUCCUCAAGGCAGGCCCAUCUGCAUUGCCAAUGCCCUCAUAGCCGUUAAGAUGCACAUCCUUUCCUUCUAAAAAAAAUAUUUAGUAAGCUGAUUUUUGUACGCAAAGGCAUUUUUUUUUAAAGUCCCUUUACACCUGGGCCGGUUAACCCUCUUGGGGGCAGCUCACCAGAGUUACUAUGUUAGGGUCAUGGCAGAUGAGUCACUAUUGCUUACUGAGAAGGAGAAGCAUUGGGGAGGUCAGCGCGAUGCAAACACACCAACAGAGCCAAUCUGGUGCUCCCGCUGAACCCUAAGCUGGCUUCAUUUGUUAAGUUUACUUAUUGCAUUUAUAUGUCUGCCAAGACACCCAAGGCAGCUUGCAAUUUUAAAGUAUUAAGACGUCACAUGCAAAAGUUAAUCUUGUUGAUGAGUGACUUCUGAGGAUGACUUAGUUGCAUACAACGCACAGCAUGAAAGCAGGUCUGUUAUCAAUCUUUCAGGAAGGCUAUUCCUUCUCAGUAGAAUUGCAAGCAGUUUUGUUUUUGAUUCCAUCCCUCCGCUGAACAUGUGCACAGCUAAACUGUCCUAAGAGACCAUGUGCUAUGCAUAUGUUCCUAAUUAAAUGGACAAAUAGUGGACUGAAGAUAUAAACAAAAACCAAUACAGUGGUACCUCUGGUUAUGAACUUAAUUUGUUCCAGAGGUCCGUUCUUAACCUGAAACCGUUCUUAACCUGAGGUACCACUUUAGCUAAUGGGGCCUCCUGCUGCCGCCAUGCCUCUGUUGCACGAUUUCUGUUCUCAUCCUGAGGUAAAGUUCUUAACCCGAGGUACUACUUCUGGGUUAACAGAAUCUGUAACCUGAAGUGUUUGUAACCUGAGGUGUUUGUAACCCAAGGUACCACUGUACUCAAAUCCUGACAUCCAUGCCAUCCCCUUAAAAAGAAACGUGAAAUACUCUUCGACAUCCUAUUUUCCACUAGAAAAACAAACGUUUCACCAUGCUUGUCGAAAGCAAUGGGGCAAACAAGGACUUUUUGAGUGGUUUGCCUCCAUAAACUCGCACCAAAUAGUAAAUUGCUACCACUUGAGGGCAUUAGACCAACCACUACACCUGAUGCAGGCCAUAGAAGGCUCUCUCUCUCCCUCUCCCCAUAGCUGUCAACAUUUCCCCCUUUUUAAGGGAAAUUCCCUUAUUCCGAAUAGGAUUCCUUGCAAGAAAAGGGAAAAGUUGACAGCUAUGAUACACACACACACACACGCCUCUAAAAUGGCCACUUCUUGGGUGACUUGCGAAUAAACAGCAUAGGAAGCAAAAUAAAUACUCUCCUCCCUACAAUGUGAACAUUGGGGUUUCUUCUUUUUAUCCCUUUUGAAACUCUGCUCUUUAGAAAGCUUUAGCAGAGAGGCUGCUUUGUUUAGACUUCAUAGGGAUAUGUAGCCAAUUCCAGCCAAGGGUGCUUCUUCACCUCAGAGUGGAUGCUGUUGCAUGCUUUCAAAGGGCAGUUUCAGAGAAACUAAUAUUUAUGGGGUGUGUCUCUUAACAUUCCUUCUGGGAAACGUCCAUGCUCUCAUUUUGAGAAUGCUGCUAUUUUCAAUGUUCUCUCCUUCUGAAAUAUGCGCUCCUUGUAGGAAUGCAACAUACAAAAGUUCCUAAGAUCAAUGCCUGGCAUCUUGAAGUAUGAUUGGGGGAAGGGAGCCCUGUUUAUGACCCUGAAGGUCUUCUCAAUGAUGAGUGAGAAUGACCACUGGUCUGCUUCCUAUCUCAGAUGGAAAAGAUGGGAAAUGUAUUCUGGGUGAGAUGGAGUUGCAGAUUUGGUGGAUGGAAACCCUGUCUUUCACCUUGAGCCCUUUGAAGAAAGGUGGAGUCUAAAUGCAGUACAUAAACAAACAAAUAACAAUGGAGAAACUCCAGGAACUCCAUCCCUUUAAUGCAGGAGGAGGACAAUCUAUUUCAGUCGCUUACCCAGCCAGUGUUUUAAAUUCAAAUAAAUUUCAGCUCAGUAGUUUCAACCUAUGGCAGCUAUAAAAUCCCAUUGAUAGCCACAAUGACAAAGCCUUUGGGGGGGAGGGGGGAGGAAACACAUUUGACAUCAGGUGACAUUCUGAAACUGGCAAGAUAGCCUCUUCCAGGCCUCAGCCUGUUUGCCCUUGUCCCAAUAUCCGCCUUGCUGCAUCACUGCAAAGAACAGCUGAGGAACCACAAAAUGCCACCCCACUUUGAAUUGCCUGAAUUCUGAAAGAUAUGAAUGUCUGAUUUGUGGUAACUGGAAGAACUUUAUCCCCUUUAUUCUCUGAUCCUCACUGUUCACAUACUGCAGAAUGGACUGGCUCCUGGGCACUGAUUAGUACACAUAAUAACCCGUACAUAAUAACCGGUCCCUGCUUAUUAUCUUCUCUUUUUUAUUGUGGUAGGUGUAGUUCUUUAUAGACAAAGCUAUGGAGAUACUUUUUUAUACUGCCAUGUUUAAAAUGUGAUUUGACGCCGCCAGCAGCAAUAAUGAUAACAGAUUACAAGAGCUGAUUGUGCCAACUGCUCUGUAUGGAUCCAUCAACCAGGGUGUUUGGAAUUGGGCCAUAAUGGGGCAAUUUGCACUUUCUAAUCAGGUGAACCUGUGGGGCUGCCCUCUUUAAAAAGAGGGAAGCAACCCCAAGUUACAUAUUGAGAACUUAAAGCGGCCCCAAAUGAAAGGCCUGGAAACAAGGAACAAGGGAUAAAUGUUCUGUUUUUGUUUCUUGUUGUUUAUUUUGGUCCAGCUGACUCAGAUUUUUCACAAUAGAAGCCGAAAUAUUCGGCAUCAGCUGAGUCCCCACAAAGGCCCUUUGUUCUGAACAAGGAGCCCAAUUUUAAAGACAAUGUUUUGGUCAUUUCCCCUGAGAAGCCAUUGUGCUUCGAGAACAGCACUGCCUUCUGCGUUUCAGAUGUGCUAGUUAUACGGUCUGUCCUCACAAUUGAUCCCUCUAGGUUGACUGUGUUAACAAUCCUUCAGCAUCAUUUCAAGGCCAUCGUUUCAAGCAGCCAAUUUAGGAGACUAGCAGCGAUAUCAUUGCUACAAACGGUGGGAGGUGACUUUCCCUCUCACAUACCCAACAUUUCUCUGAUGAAAAUAGGGACGUCCUAUUCCAUAAUAAGGGAUGCGGGUGGCGCUGUGGUCUAAACCAUUGAGCCUCUUGGGCUUGCCAAUCGGAAGGUCGGCGGUUCGAAUCCCCGCAAUGGAGUGAGCUCCCUUUGCUCUGUCCCAGCUCCUGCCAACCUAGCGAAAGCACACCAGUGCAAGUAGAUAAAUAGGUACCGCUCCGGUGGGAAGGUAAACGUCAUUUCCGUGCACUGUUCUGGUUCGCCAGAAGCAGCUUAGUCAUGCUGGCCACAUGACCCGGAAGCUGUCUGCGGACAAACGCCAGCUUCCUCGCAACCCCAGAGUCGUCCGUUACCCGACUUAACAGUCAGGGGUCCCUUUACCUUUACUAAUCCUUAAUAAUACUACUACUAUACCACGCCCAUGUGACUGGGUUGUCCCAGUCAUUCUGGGCACCUUCCAACACAUAUAAAAACAUAAAACAUUGAACAUUAAACAACUUCCCUAUGCAGGGGUGCCUUCAGAGGUCUUCUAAAGGUUGUAUAGUUACUUAUCUCCUUGGCUCAGGGGCACAUAACUCUAUACCCUCCAACAUUUCUCCAGUGAAAAUAGGGAGAUCGUACCAUACCCUCCCAACAAUUGUCCAACGAAAAUAGGGGUGUCCUAAGGAAAAGCAGGACAUUCCAGGAUCAAGUCAGGAACAGGGACGGCUUCUCAAAAUCCGGGCCUGUCCCUGGAGAAUAGGGACACUUGGAGGGUCUGCAAUUAGUGAUUUGAUUCAGAGCAGAGUUAACACCUAGGGUUCGAGGAAGCAGGGGAAUUUUCAGCACUCGAUGCAGUAAGGCUGUUUCUGCCCAAAGUGACUUGAGCACAAUAACAGUCCCUUGCGACAGCUAUGCAUGCUGUCUACUCCUAUGCGCAGCAGAGGAUCAGGUUUUGCAAGCAGAGCGAUCAGGUUUCUGAGCAUCCUCUGCUUUCAGAAGCUGAAAUGCAGUCUUCUAUUGAUUCCCAUAUCAGGAUUGGCACUGCCAGCCAAAUUAUGGUUUCUCUCCCCAGCCCCAACCACUAGUUGCCAGCUUCUAAGGAAGCAUCAAAAGCUGUAUUAUUUCAGUAGGUGUUUUAAAAGGUCUUUUUUCUCAGUUUGGCUUUUUGCUCUUCUGUUUCUGCCUCUUCUGACUGUUUGGUUCUCCCUUUACAUUUCCCAUUUAUGUUGUUUUAAGAAGUUGUUCAGUUUAAAGAUGUCCAGUGUGCCUUUUUCCUAGAAAGGUGGGCUAUACAUUUCAAUUUACAUUAAAAAAUAGGUACCGUAUUUUUUGCUCUAUAAGACGCACCAGACCACAAGACGCACCUAGUUUUUAGAGGAGGAAAACAAGAAAUAAAAUAUUCUGAAUCUCAGAAGCCAGAACAACAAGAGGGAUCCCUGCGCAGUGAAAGCAGCAAUCCCUCUUGCUGUUCUGGCUUCUGGAAUAGCUGCGCAGCCUGCAUUCGCUCCAUAAGACGCACACACAUUUCCCCUUACUUUUUAGGAGGGAAAAGUGAGUCUUAUAGAGCAAAAAAUACGGUAAUUUUGUUUUCCACAUGAGCAGCUAAAGAAGCAGGAGAGCUGAUCUAGUAAAAGAGGAAGUCUCUGCUGGCUCAGCAGAGCUUACAAUCUGUUGUUCUUGACUUAUCUAUCCAUAGCGCACUUGCUUUGUGGUUAAUCUGUGGCUUGGUUGCUCCUUCCACAAGACUAGCAACAAUAGACCUGCCCAUAAACAUUUAAUGACUCUCCUUAUCUUUUUAGAACUUCUGCUAUUGCCUCCUUUUAAUAAACUCUGCACUUGCGAUGCAUGCAGGAAUUGUGCAAUUAACCUACCAUGAUAUUACAAGUAUUGUUGAGGAGGGGUUCAUGACUCACACGCCAGAUGCAAAGCCUUGCUAGCUGGGAAAUAAUUGCAUUUGCCCCAUCAAUAAGAUAUAAUUUAGAUCUGGAAAUAUGCGAUGUCUCCGGCCCAAAGUUGCCUGGAUCUCAUGCAACAAAUACUUUUUGUAUGCCAAAAAUUAACAACAAUUAAGAAAUCAGAUGUUUGUGAAGUGGAUCUCUUGAUAUGCCCUAAAAGCUCAGACACAGAUUUGCAGUGUUGGGUCAAACCUGUCUGAAUGGCAAUUCUUUGCCUUCUGUUUUUCUAAAAAAUCGAACUCCAGGUUCUUCCUUCAAAUGAGUAUUAUUAUUGUUUUGUGUUUUUUAAAUAUUUUUUAUUAGAUUUUCCACAGUGAUAACACAAACCACAAAGCAAAAUGAUACACAAAAAACAGAAAAAGAAAAAAGGGGGGAAAGGGGGAACGAUAAACAGAUAAACAAUAACAACAAACUUAAUUCUUCACAAAUCCAACCUUUUAAACAUCUUGGUUGACUUCCUCAAAUCCCUCCCUUCUGAGUUUCCUUGUAAUUAAAAGUAACAGCUUUCCAAUAUCAUUAUUAAACUAAAACAAUUUCCAAUUAUAGUCCAUCUUAUUCACUUUUCUUAACAUUCUAAAUCCCAUUUCUUUAAUUAUAACUUAAUUUAAUCCUAGGCCUCUUUGUUUCUUUCAAGUAAUUUCUAAUUUUUUUAUAUUACAAUAUUUAUUCAAAUAGUCCUUGAAUUUCCUCCAGUCCUUAUUAUUGUUUUUUUUUUUAGCAAUGCUUACGUUUGUGAGUUGCAGUGGGAUAACGCUGAAGUAGGCUUCUUUCAAUUCACUCUCUCAAGUCAAGUCAAGUAACCUUUAUUGGCAUCACAUAAGAACAUUCAGAAUACAUUCAGAAUAGAUAGGCCAGUGGAAUCUCGUCGCCACCCCAGCGGCGCAGCCACCCACCAAGGGGCAGAAGAGGCGAGCAAUCCGCCUCAUCUCUGUGGGUUUCCAGCAAGGGAAGGAUCCUGUAGCAUACAUUGGCGACAAAAAAAAUCAAAUAGAGGACUGUCUUGGUGAGCUCCUGGUCACCUGCGCAUAACCUCUGUCUCUGGUUUCCAUGUUGGAAUACAUAGAUGGUCUAGAAAUUGUUGGCGGAGAUCAUCAUACAAUUUACAUUUAAGGGCCAUGUGAGCUAGAGUUUCCACCAGGUGGGCAUCACAUUGGCAGAUCCUAUCUCCUUCUGCCAAACCCGCAAGCCUACCCCAAGGGAGGUUAGAAGGAUUAGAAUUGAACCUAGCCAACGGAAAGGCCCUUCUUUCUUGCGGAUUAAACAAAAAUUGUAAGUAAUUAGGAUUAAAUUCCUGCGCCCAAGAGAGUCAAAAUUCACUCUCUCCCUUGCUUUUCUUGUUCGCAGUAUUUGUUCUCUUCGUCUUGAGUGGGCUGGGAAUCACAGCCGGAGCACAUCGCCUUUGGAGCCACCGUUCCUACAAAGCCAGCCUGCCUCUCCGAAUAUUCUUGGCGAUCAUCAACACCAUGGCUUUCCAGGUAAGAAUUAUGAGAUGAUUAACAUGGCCAGAUUCCAGGGUCAUGGAUACAUGAGGGGAGGGAAGACAAGACUACAUGCUUCCUGCAGUUUGGCUAACUUGGAAUUUCAUACAAAAAAUUUGGUAUCUCAUCCCCCUCCCUUUCCCCCAGUAACUUUCAUUUCCCUUUUUCUGUACAGCGGUACUUUGGUUCUCAAACUUAAUCUGUUUUGGAAGUCCGUUCCAAAACCAAAGUGUUCUAAAACCAAGGCAAGCUUUCCCAUAGAAAGUAAUGCAAAACAGAUUAAUCCGUUCCAGACUUUUAAAAACAACCCCUAAAACAGCAAUUUAACAAGAAUUUUACUGUCUAACGAGACCAUUGACCCAUAAAAUGAAAACAAUCAUCAACGUACUGUACUUUUAAAUAAGACAGUAUUGUAGAUGAUAAUUUUUUUAAAAAAAAAAUCUUACCUGCACUGAUGAUGGUCGUUGAUUGGAUGGGGGGCUUUUAUCCAUCUCCGCAGUCACACAAUCAAUCAAUCAGUAGCUGAACUGGGUUCCACACAGUCACAAAAACAAAUUAACCGAAAAAGCCUCAAAAAGAGGAACGCAAAAUAAGGAGCAAAAACAAAAGCGCCAAACUUAAUCUGUUUCGGAAGUCCGUUUGACUUCCGAAAUGUUCAAAAACCAAGGCGCAGCUUCUGAUUGGUGCAUGCGCCCCGGAAACAAGAGCCGACAGCUGCAUCAGUUUGGCUUCCAAAAAAUGUUCGAAAACCGGAACACUUCCUUUCGGGUUUUCGGUGUCUGGGAACCAAGGCGUUUGAGAACCAAGGUACCACUGCAUUUGAAAUUUUUUAACUCAAAGGGUAAAAGCCACCCCCAAUGACAAAAAGAUCAGAUGAGAGCUCAAUAAUCUGUCAAAACAAAGGGUUUAGAUUAAAACAAAUAACUAGGAUUGCAUGGACUAACUAGGAUUAACCAGCGAGGUUAAUCUGAUCUUCCUGCUGGUGCUUUUGCACAGCGCUGGUGUCGAUUCCGCCUGUCUCUUCCCUGUCUCAGUAAGCAGCAGCAGCUGACCUGCCAGGAGUUCAGGGAACGAUCUCCACCCUGCCAUGGAAUCUGCUCCCAUUUACUACUCUAAUUGGGCACUCCCAUCUAGAUUUUAACACACUGCCUUAAUCCAGCAAAGCACGGAGAGCUAGACUGAGAAAUUCAUUUCAGCACUAAUCCUUCUUCACUUCUAACUGGGUGGAUUUGCCUGAUGAAGCUUCAAAAAGUCACUUGGCGCAAGUUUGCACGCGACAGAGUGCAACUAGAGAGUUGUGUAUGUGUGUUGUUGUUUGGUACAAUUUAAAACAUUCAGGCAGGAUCUUCAAAGGUUCCCAUUUAAAGGUGGCAAACUUCUGGGUCCUAUAUAUAUCCUUGCAUUGCUUCAUGCUCUCUCCUACAGGAAUCAUUUAGCUCACUGGUCUUCAACUGGUUAGCUGGGGAUCCAUUAGGGAGUCGUGGCCUGAUCCAGGUUGAGUUGCAACAGGAACACUACCACCAUGCAAAUAGAUGGUAAAAGAUUAAGAUAUAGGUCCCCAGUGGGUCCUGGAUCUGAAAAAGCUGAAGAUAGCUCAUUUAGCCAAUUUGUUCCCCACCCCCAAUUUUAAAACCGUAACAUCAUAAAAAUUCAUCGGCGGGUAUUGCCAUCUCUUAACGAAAGGACUGUAUUUCUCCGUGUAUAAGACUAUAUUGCAUAGGGGGGGAUUGGCGCUUGAUUCAUGUCAUGAGUGGGAGAUUGUCUGUGGCGAUUGGGUGGGUGAUUUCCGGCAACCCCCCCUAAAAAAAGCUCAACAACUGUGAGAAAUCCUCCCCCAGAAAAGCUUAACAACUCUUCUUAAUUUGGAUUCCCCCAAAAUAGGGGUUGUCUUAUACAUAGAGGCGUAUUAUACAUGGAAAAAUACGGUAAUACAUAGUUUUAUUGAAACAUCUAAAAGAAUUCCCCCUCUCCUUUAAAAAACAAUUGAACUUGUCCUUGAGGGCAAGUGUGACAUUAUUAUUAUUAUUAUUAUUAUUAUUAUUAUUAAAGUAAGGGUAAAAGGUAAAGGACCCCUGGAUGGUUAAGUCCAGUCGAAUUAGACUAUGGGGUACUGCGCUUAUCUUCGCUUUCAGGCCAAAGGAGCCGACGUUUCUCCACAGACAGAUUUCUGGGUCAUGUGGCCAGCAUGACUAAACCGCUUCUGGCACAACGGGACACUGUGACAAGUGCCAGAGGGCAUGGAAAUGCUGUUUAUUUCCUGCCACAGCGGUACAUACGGUACUUGCGCUAGAAGGCUUUUGAACUGCUAGAGUUGGCAGGAGUUGGGACAGAGCAACGGGAGCUGACCUCAUUGUGCGGAUUCAAACUGCCGGCCUUACGAUCAGCAAGCCCAAGAAGCUUGAUGGUUUAGACCACAGCGCCACCCGCGUCCUAAUAUAUUAUAAUAUUAUUAUUAACAUGUCACCCAUCUGGCUGGGUUUCCCCAGCCACUCUGGGCAGCUCCCAACAAAAUAUGGAAAACACAAUAAAACAUCAAACGUUAAGAUCUUCCCUAUACAGGGCUGUCUUCAGAUGUCUUCUAAAAGAUCAUGUCGUGUUGGACAUGUACGGAUAGGAUUCAGGUCCGAAACUUGGUUAAUCUAGGCCACAUCUAGAUCCAUGCCAGCCUCAAUGUCACCUGCUGUAAAAUGGGAAUAAUAGUUGCUUGUCUUAGAGCAUCGGUCAGUAACCUAAGGCCCACAGGUCACAAGCAGCCCACGGGGGUCGUUUUACCAGCCCACAAGCUGCAACGGAGCUGCCUGCUUGGCAAGUCCCCGUGCGCUGUGCUAAACCGGUGCAGUGCGGCGACUCGCUUUUGCAUGGCCGGAAAUCGCGUCUGCGCAGACGCCGAAAAUCACAGGUGCAUGCACACACCUGCACCCGUGAUCCGGCCCACAGAGGGGGCUCCGCGGCAGUGAACCGGCCCAGGCAAGGUAAGCCUUGCCGACCCCUGUCUUAGGAGGAGGAGGAGGAGUUUGGAUUUGAUAUCCCGCUUUAUCACUACCUGAAGGAGUCUCAAAGCAGCUAACAUUCUCCUUUCCCUUCCUCCCCCACAACAAACACUCUGUGAGGUGAGUGGGGCUGAGAGACUUCAGAGAAGUGUGACUAGCCCAAGGUCACCCAGCAGCUGCAUGUGGAGGAGCGGGGAAGCGAACCCAGUUCACCAGAUUACGAGUCUAUCGCUCUUAACCAUUACACCACACUGGCUUCUUAGAGCAUUGCAUUCAGGGUGAAUGAGUCAAGGAAGUAUUUUUUAUCUUCCAUGUUCCUUAAAGGAUUGCUGUGGAAGCGGAGGACUGUUGUCCAGCUCGAAACAUGACUAAUGCGUUUGCCUUUGUGUUUCAACCAGAACGACAUUUAUGAGUGGGCCAGAGAUCACCGUGUCCACCACAAAUACUCUGAAACGGAUGCUGAUCCCCACAACGCAAAGCGAGGCUUUUUCUUUUCUCAUAUCGGCUGGCUGCUGGUACGCAAACACCCUGAUGUCAAAGAGAAGGGAAAGAAGCUGGAUCUCUCUGACCUGAAGGCUGACAAAGUUGUGAUGUUCCAAAGGAGGUGAGCAAAGGGCUCCCAUUGAGGUUGCUUUCUUUUUCCAGAAGAUAGGAAAUGGAUUUGUUUGUUUGUUUGUUUACUUCUACUACUACUACUACUAAUUUAUUAUUUAUACCCCACCCAUCUGGCUGAGUUUCCCCAGCCACUCUGGGCGGCUCCCAAUCAAGUGUUAAAAACAGUACAGCGUUAAAUAUUACAAACUUCCCUGAACAGGGCUGCCUUCAGAUGUCUUUUAAAGACAGGAUAGCUGCUUAUUUCCUUCACAUCUGAAGGGAGGGUGUUCCACAGGGUGGGCACCACUACCGAGAAGGCCCUCUGUCUGGUUCCCUGUAACCUCACUUCUCGCAAUGAGGGAACCACCAGAAGGCCCUCGGCGCUGGAUCUCAGUGUCCGGGCUGAAUGAUGGGGGUGGAGACGCUCCUUCAGGUAUACAGGACCGAGGCCGUUUAGGGCUUUAAAGGUCAGCACCAACACUUUGAAUUGUGCUCGGAAACAUACUGGGAGCCAAUGCAGAUCUCUCAGGACUGGUGUUAUGUGGUCUCGGCGGCCACUCCCAGUCACCAGUCUAGCUGCCGCAUUCUGGAUUAAUUGCAGUUUCCGGGUUACCUUCAAGGUAGCCCCACGUAGAUACACUGAAAAUCAGAUAAGCAUUCAUAAUGGAAGUACUGUAGAUUCCAAGUUUCCAACCUUUACAGUACAGUGGUACCUUGGUACUUGAACGGCUUGGCUUCCGAACCAAUCAGCUCCUGAAUGCCGCAAACCCGGAAGUGAGUGGUUUGCGAAAGUUUUUCGGAAGCCGAAUGUCUGAUGCGACUUAUGAUUGGGUGCAGCCCAUCGGAAGCCGCGCCUUGGUUUUUGAACCGUUUCGUGAGUCAAAUGGACUCCCGGAACAGAUUAAGUUUGAGAACCAAAGUACCACUGUAGUUUGAGCCAUUGACACCUUUGGGGUUCGAGCUAAAAAUCUAAUCGUGAAUUGGAAAUAUUUACUGCAGAGUGAAAUCUUGCAGGAAAAUGCAAGGGCCUACUCAAAAUGGAGCUUCUUCAAACGCUGGAAUUCUAAUGUGAUCCCCUACAAAGAGCUCAAAAUAUGUUGACUUCAAUGCAUGUCUCUUUCUUCUCAGGCAUUAUAAAACCUCUGUGGUGAUCAUGUGCUUCAUUUUCCCUACUGUUGUGCCUUGCUACUUCUGGGGGGAGACGUAUCACACUAGCUUCUUCAUGGCUGCCAUCCUCCGCUAUGCCUUAAUCCUCAACGCCACUUGGCUGGUGAACAGUGCGGCACACAUGUAUGGCAACCGGCCGUAUGAUAAGAACAUCAACCCCAGAGAGAACCACUUUGUCGUACUUGGAGCCCUAGGUAUGUAAAGGGGAAGAUGUUGGGGUUUGGGGGAGGGGAGGAUCUGUUGUUGUCUUGCUCCCACCACAGUUCCUGGUGCUCUCAGUUGGUGUGUAUUUUGGUUAAGGUAAAGGUAAAGGGACCACUGACCAUUAGGUACAGUCGUGACCGACUCUGGGGUUGCGGCGCUCAUCUCGCUUUACUGGCCGAGGGAGCCGGUGUACAGCUUCCGGGUCAUGUGGCCAGCAUGACUAAGCUGCUUCUGGCGAACCAGAGCAGUGCACGGAAACGCCGUUUACCUUCCCGCCGGAGCGGUACCUAUUUAUCUACUUGCACUGGUGUGCUUUCAAACUGCUAGGUUGGCAGGAGCAGGGACCGAGCAAUGGGAGCUCACCCCGUCGCGGAGAUUCGAACCGCCGACCUUCUGAUCGGCAAGUCCUAGGCUCUGUGGUUUAACCCACAGCGCCACCCGCCUUCUUUCUGACCCAUGUUCAGAUCUGCAGGAAGUUUUGCCUGCUUUCCAUCCCUGGUUUUUCAGCUGUGCCCACAUCCUGUUUCACUUUCCUCGUUCAUGAGAAGUCAUCCUGUUGCCACUUACUUUCACACAGGUAGCGAUAGCUUCUGGGGAGAGCAUCCAGGCUUCUCUACCAUCUUUUCAAAGAGGACAUCUCUAGAGAGGUUCUCAUGGGGAAAUUAUAUUUCUCAAGGGCUGCGUAAGACCUUCAUUCCAGCAUGCUACCAGGAUAUCAAACAAUGGAGAGGGGAGGGAGGAAAAUAUCUCCCUCCUUGCCUUUGCCAGUGGAUGGACUGGAGCACUGCUUCUAACUUCAGAAAGUUGAGGGUGAAAUGAAGUCUGGUAGGCUUGAAAAUAAGCAGAGUUCUUUGCUGUGUGUGUGCACAUUUAAUUUUCUGAGCCACUUUGAUACAAGCCCAGGAGAAGCUGUCCAUCUUCAGCCAUCUUCUAAGAUUUUUUGCUGAAUGUAUAUGCCCAUAUCACAAAUACCAACUCCUUGCCCAUUUGUCGGUUCCAAUCUAGGAGAGAGUUUUUUCUCUCCCCACUCCACUGUCCUGGGUGUCCUGUUGCAGCCAUCUCCUCCCCUGAACAUCCUUCUCCCCUUUAUCUGAACACCUUAGUUAUCCUGACAGUGGUGAGAAGGCAUGUUGGAAGUCAGGCACAGAAGCAAAGAAUUCUUCCUGGCUCAGAUUUUAAUCCCAAGACGGAGAAGAAUUUCAGCGCCCCUAAAACUCGCUUCUCCUUUGAGAUGGGAUUCUGUGAACCUCAGUUUAAUUUCUGAUCCCAGCCUCUCCUCUGCCUUUUUACUGAGGCAAGACCUGUUACACAUUGACUUUGAAGCCUAAGUGAAAAGCAGUGCCCGGUCAUCCAGAUUCAGCUUUUGUACAGCUUUUGUUACAGACCAUAAUAGAUACUGUUAUUAGUAUUUAAGCAUGGCAGAACACCAUUUUAAUAAUACAGUGCCAACAAGAACUUUAUAGAGGUAGGCUAGAGGCACACACACACACACACACACACACACACACACCCAAAUUGUGAACAGGGGAAAAAAUGUAUAUAAAAUUGUACUGACCAUUUUUAUCUGCCACAAAAAAUGUUUGUUUGUCAUCCUGUUUUGCAUGCUGCUUUAUUUAGCUGGGAGGCAUUGUUCUGAAAGCAAAUAUUGCAGUUUUGGGUAAGUGUUGUGGAGAAAGGGUAACAGUUCUUGAGGCCACAGAGUUGGAAUGUAUUUCUGCUCCUGCACACUGGAUUAUUUCGUUAGUACGGGAGCAGAAAAGGGAUUUUAGGAAUCUGAAACGUGGAUCAGACAGUAGAUCCACAGCAGAUUUCUGUGGAUUUAGACAUCAUGAACAGGAAUUCUGCCUUAUGCCAGAAUUUGAUCUGAACAUCCAAUUCUUGCAAGUUUAGAAGGCCCCUGAAAUAAAUUAAUAUUGCUUACAGCAAGUUCCUAGACUUGGAAUGGCAUUAUUCCUAUCUGGUGUGAGAGUCACGAAAAGCGUUUGAAUUAACGCUCCAGUCUUAUGCACUGAUCCAAUAUUUUGUGCUGCAGAAGUUUCAUAGGAGGUGUUAAUCCCUGAACAUUCAGGAGCUCAAUGGUCAAUUGUUCCCAGUGGUACAACAUACUGUAGGUAGAUCACCCUAUACUUAUCUGCUUGUUCACUCCUUGGAAAUAGCCUUAACGCAUCGCCACAGUGAGAUGGGCCAAACAACCUGUCAUUUCUCUGCCUUACAUUUCUAAGGAAGGAAACUGCAGAACACUUUGCUGCAGUACGGUGGGUUGAUUUGGGCCCAUUGCACACCUUCCAACAUUUCUCUGGUGAAAAUAGGGAUGUCCUAAGGAAAAGCGGGACAUUCCAGGAUCAAAUCAGAGACCAGGAUGGCUCCUGUAAAUCUGGGACUGUCCCUGGAAAAUAGGGACACUUCGAGGGUCUGCCAUUGGUGUGGUACACUGGGGACCAGUUACUCUGAAGAGGACAUUCUCCUUCAUUCAGUCUCCAUCAGCAUCUAUAGAGAGUUUUAUUGGUGCCAUUUCCCACUUGACAUAGAUUGAUCUCUCUGAAGAUGUCUGUGGUAAUUAUCUCCUUGCCACAUAUGAAUUGUACCUUUGCACAUUCGAUGGCAGCUUAUUAUUGCAGUUCCAGUGAUUAUGCAACAAGCCCCACAGAUUAUUAUCCUUAAUCCCUUUGCCUCCCCUGUGUUGAUUUUAAGUUGCAAUUAUUCUCAGGCCACCUAGCCUACCUUUGUCGUUUGCUGUUCCACGUACACUGACGACAUUCCCCUCCCACUGGUUUCUCCCUUCUUGUGUGCGAUGGCUAUCCCAUAAUUCCUCAUAAGGGUGACGUGACCCAACCUUUCCUUCUGAUCCUUUCGGUGCCAGAGAGCAGAAGUUACUUCAUUAGUUGCUUAUAAUGGGGCCUCUGGGGAUUUUUUCCCGCCGGAACUCUCCGGAACUCUCAGGUGGGCGCCAUUGGCCAUUAUAAAAGAACAAGGGAGCUCUGGCACCUCUUUUUUUCUUGAAAAAAAAUUGCAUGGGGUGCCUCCAAUUCUGGGUCCUUUUUGAGGAUCAUUCACCAAGAAGCUAAUCUAGGCUUAAUAUCAAAAUAGUGUGGCAGUGGCAGUGGAAAUGGUAGUCCAAAUGGUAGCUCCAGCAGUAAGUUAGCAGUUAUAGGCUUCCUGCAGCAAACGUUUAUUGAAUACAUACUCACACUCAGUCAUAAAGGACAUUGUUUUUACUCAUCAAGCAAACUAAAGAAACUUAAAAUUUACUCACUAUAGAGUCGAUUGCUUUCCAGAACCUAGUUCCCAAAUAAAUACACUACUUGGGCGCUUAUGAUUUCUCCUCCUCUCUCUCUCUCCCCAGGUGAAGGUUUCCACAACUACCACCAUACUUUCCCCUAUGAUUACUCAACCAGUGAAUUUGGCUUGAACUGGAACAUCACAACAGCUUUCAUUGAUCUUAUGUGUUACCUGGGCUUGGCCACGGACUGCAAGCGAGUGUCAAAGGAGACCAUCAUGGCCCGGAAAAUUCGGACUGGUGAUGGUAGCCACAAGACUGGCUGAAGGUCUGCUCUCCUCCGUCUCCUUUCCUCCCUUCCUUCUCUUUCAAAUAACCUGGGCAUAUGUUUAAUGUUCUGCUUACUAAUUACAAAGCAAUGCUUUCAGGAUUCUCAAGGUGAUGACUCUAACCCAUUCCAGUACUAUGUUUUGAAAUGAUGUAUUCAAGACCUGUAACUUUUACAGGGGACACCUCUCUCUCUCUCUCUCUCUCUCUCUCUCUCUCUCUCUUUCUCCUUCUGUUUCUCCUGUGUUCUCUCGCUUGCUUUCAUUAGAAGCUGGUAGAACACCCAACAAACUUCCCUGCAACUGAUUGGAGGGACUGAGCCAACAGAGUUUCACCAAUGUAGGGACUCCGUUUGCAAUUAUGCUUGUUUGGGUCACCUCUCUCUCUUCCUGGUUCUUGAGGCUGGUUCUUUGAUGAGUGGAGGGAGAUUUGUCCUAUGUCUUGUUGUUGUAGAGAAACUUGAGUCUGACCCCUUGGGCCAGGGGUUCUGAAAUCUGGAGAAAGUAGAAAGAGUAGGUUUGCUAUUGCAGAGGUUAGAGGGCAGGGAUGGAAAGCGAAAGGAGAAUGCGUUUUGUAAGGGUUGCAAAGAAGCCUGCUGGUUAGUCCCAGAAUUAGGGGUUGGUUUUCUUAACUGGAGCCGAGUGAUUCUUCUACCUCUGCCCAUGUUCUAGUGUCAUGAAACUGCUCUUUUCCUGCACCCGGGCACUAGUUUAGAAACCAAGCGGCCUGUGCAGGAUUAUGAGAUGCUUAUGUAGGAAAGCUACACAAAGGAGCUGGUUGCUGGAUGGCUCUGGAACAGAUUUGGCUGCGAACGGGUUCCGAGUGGGGAAAUGGGCAUGUUUUGAGGGUGGAAACGAGUGCACCAAAGCAACACUUCCCGACAGGAAAGAGGAAAUUGGAGGUACUGGAGGGGUUUGAACCAAAGGUGUGUCACAGACCCAAGUUGGUUUUUGUGUGUGUGUGUGUGCUGGAAGAGUAUAUUUCAAUUUGGACGCAGGACAGUGUGUUUGUUGGUGUAGGUAAAAACAGAUUGUUUUCAUUCUGCAAAAUAUGGCAGCUGAUGUCCACACACUGAUCCCUGGAAGGAUCAACUAAGGGCUGAAAUCAAAGGGCCAAGAAGGAAGUAUAUUCCCUGUUCAGGGAGCUUUAUACUGUUCUUGAAACACCAGGGCAGCAAUAGGUGUCAAAAUUUUGCACGCCCUAACAAUUUUGCAACUGCCCCGUGGCCCACCCACCCCUGCUAUGCCACUGCUUUCUACACAGGUUCUUUGCAGGAGAGCUUGUGAAAGGAGAGAGAGAGAGAGAGGCCACUUUUGCAAUCCAUAGGAAAGCUGCUUUUAAACGAGGGAGGUGUUUGCAUAUCCAUUAUACACAGAUUUCUAACAGGGUGGCAAAGACUACAGCAUUCACACACUUGAUUUGAUUAUCUGCUACUGGUGAGAGGAGGGGGCAUUUGCAGUGAUGAGUGUCACAUGGCCAAGAAGAGCACAUCUUCUGUACCCAUUCUGCACUAAGGAGAGGAUAUUUGGGCAGACGCUGUUGGUUUAAUUUUUGAAUUUAUGUAGGGUUCACAUAUGUCUGGAAUUCCAAUGACAGAAUUAGUGUUUGGGGGGAAUUUUGUGAAAAUGACAAAAUGUCCAGAUUUUUGAAACUUGCCCCCCAGCAGCUCAACAACUUUCCCCAAAAAGCGACCCUAAUUUAUGUGUUGCAUUAGUUUCCCUCUUUAGCGCACCUCUUUCUGCCAUGCCAAGAAGUUUCACUGCAGUGAAAUUUCCCUUCCUAUCAUCUAGCCACCUUAAUGGGGAUGUAUUGUGUUUCGAGUAACGUGAAACGUUAGAUCAGAUGCAACCUAUUGAUAAUUCAUAUAAAAUAUCAGCAGAAAAGGUAAGAGAGAAGCUGGUUCUGACUCCACGGAGAGUUGUAGUGCAAGUUGUUUCCAAUUCUCCACUCCAGGAAGGAAACAACGACCCACUGCCUAGCUAGCAAGCUCUGCUUACUCAGAUUGGAUGUGUAUAGGAUCUUGACUAAUCCCCUGCCAUGCCAGAGUUUGCAGCAGCUGUCCUCUGAAUUGUUCUGCACUGCCCAGCUGUCAGCUGAUUUACAUUUGAAUUACUCAUCAGUUAGCACCGAGGCUCAGCAAAAAGAUAAAUCCAGCUCAACAGAAAAGCGCAUUGCAAACAGUACAGCUAAAGCAAGCCCUGAUCUAGGGAGAGGACGUUCUUUUCUCUGCUGUAUUGCAAAAUCCGGUUCCUGAGAUUAAAGCUGCAAUCGUACACCUGCUGACUUGGGCAUAAGCGUGGCUGAACUCUUGUUUAGAAUCAUAGCAUCAUAGAGUUUGAAGGGACGCGCCAAGGAUCAUUUAGUCUGACUGCCUGCAAUGCAGGAAUCUCAGCUAAAGCAUCCCUGUUCCAGUUAGGAUUUCACAGUGAAGGCCCCAAAACCAACCCCUUUCUGUUCCACCGUAGCACCAGGGCACAUGCCUGUCUCCUUCCCCAUGACCCAAAUGUUCAAAUUCCCAUCAAUAUGACAGCUUCUUGGCCACCCUGCUCCUUGUCGUUCACCAGGAAACGCUUCCAGUUUCUGAGCUUCCCAGGAACAUCUGGCUGACCUCUGUUGUCUGUCUGAUUCAUCAGUCCUCUUCUUAUGAAUAACCUUUUAUUAGGAAGUGGCAGUUCCUGCCAAAGCAGCUUGACACCAGGGGUGAUUUCUUAUUUUUUAUAUUUUUGGCCUCAAGAGAAAUUAUGAGCGUAGCAACCCAUAGUUAUCUAAAGACCAGUUUUGCCACCUGAGGCACUUCAUCAUUUUUAAAGAGAGCAAUACAAGGAAGUGUUGAAAAGCCCUUGUGGACUUUUUCUGCCUUCGCUUCACCAGUUUGGUAUGUGGAGAGGCUAUGACUUCAAGCAGGUUUUACUUCAAUUUCCCCUCUGCCUCCCUUGGCUUAAAGAGUGUCUUUGGGGAAGUCACGUGAGAUGCAAAAGGAGCUGAGGGAGUUUUGUAGAGAACCGCCUAGGGUCUGUCUCUUCACACGUGGAAUUUUGGGUGUAUUCCUGACAUUAAGUCCACACCAGUCCACGCAUUUUGCACCUGACUAUCGACCACUUGAGACCAAGCGAAGAUGCCUGGGUGUCAAGAUGGUGCCUGACAUCUCCACCAUCUGGAGGUGUGUGCCUGAGGAUCAUUGGAGCUAGACCAGUGGCUCUCAACCUGUGGGUCCCCGGAUAUUGUUGGACUACAACUCCCAUCAUCCCUGAGCUCUGGCCUUGUUAGCUAGGGGUGAUGGGAAUUGUAGUUCAACGACAUCUGGGGACCCACAGGUUGAGAAAGGCUGAUCUAGACUGUUUUCACACACUAAUACCCCACCCUGUAGAAUUCUGCCACUUACAUUUUACUGGCACAAUUGGAACUAAUUUCAGGAACCAAAACGCUUUCUCUGUGUGGCCUGAGCAGGAGCAGUGAACAAUGUUAUCGUUAAUUGUCGCUUGUCUCCCCACUGCCCUGCUCAAAAGUUGUGAAGAAUAUUCUUACGUUAUGAAUGGUCCAUGUCACCAUUGAGAAAGAGAGGUAGGAACAGGCCGAUAGAUUUGUGGAAGAACCCUCGAUCAAGUGACUUUUCUUCCUUAAGUUCUCAAAGUUCUUAACCUGGCUCAAGGUUGUCAUCUAAACUAGCCAGAUGUUUAACUGAGAAUCAAUCACAGUCCUUAUUUGAAAAAUAAGACUUUAGAGCAGUCUUGCCCCCAAAUGGCAACUAGACACUCCAUUUUACCAACCUUGGUUUAAGGGGAGCCAUUUGGCCCUAGCUUAUAUAUCUGAGUUUCUAAUGCUGGUAGACACCUAAAACUGCAGAACCUGAUUCUUUGUACAGGUACACUUGCCAGGUGACUAGAAAUACACUUAGUGGCAACUUGAGGUUCCUGUUGAGUGCUGGGCUAAGCAGCCAUCACUCUCGUGAGAAUAGUUCAGGAGAAGUUCACAGACUGGGGUUUCCCCUUUCAUCGCCGCUAAUUUUCACUGAAUCUGACAUAGGAUGUUUGGAAUAUAGCAGUAUUGGUUCGGACGCCGUUUCACAUUCCUGAAUGCAUUUGUUUGGCCAUCGCAACGAGCUUGGCUAUGACCAACAGCAGCCAUCCCAAGUCGUUGGGUGGCCUCAGUCAUAGUGCUAGGUCAGUGCGAUUUCUGAAGGCUUAUCCUUGCUCCAACUUGUACCUGGAAGACACUGGGGCCAGUAAUAAAUAAAGAACUAAGUUAUCCUCCUAGCAGGGUCACCUGCACAGCACAGCCUCCCUAAGUGAUGCUCCCCUUGUGGCCAUCAGAACUGUGUGCUCACAAAAGGAAACAAGCGCUAUUGACUCAGGUGUUGAGAUUGCAAACUUGAUACGGGUCUAGCGAAUCCAAAACGUUUGGAUGUGGGAUGAAAACGUAAGCAACCAAACAGUUCCCAUUUGGGUCCAGACACUUUGCGGGGGCGGGGGGUAAACGGACAAGUAUUUUGAUGUGCCUUAAGCUUUUCUUGAACAUACAUAGGAAGUAUCAAGAGCUCUUCGCAGUAUUUUAAUUUUCACCUGUGCUAAAUUAUUUUUAUGUUAAUUAUUCAUCUGCGCUGAAUUGUGGGUACAGAUGCGUUUUUGUUUUUUUAAUGUACUUGGUUAAUCUUCUGUUAAGUUAAGGAAUAGUUAGAUCACUUAAAAAUAAAGCCUUUUUUUUUUUGCUUCUCCUUUUUUUUUUAUGUGGUGCACAUUUUAUCUAGGAUGCAUUCUCUAGAAGGUGACCUCUCUGGUUAGCCUCUCUCUCUCUCUCUCUCUCUCUCUCUCUCUCUCUCUCUCUCUCCCUCCCUCCCUCCUUUGUGAUAUGGGCUGGAAUUAUGUGGGUGUUGAUUGGAGUACGCAAUCUAGCAGUCAGAGCAGCAGCCUAGUCAUUGGGAAACCUGGGCUCUGUUCUUAACUGCAACUUAAACUACAAUCCUAUACUUAGGUCCUUGGAGGCGGCCCUAUUGAAUUCAGUGGGAUUUUGUAUAGGAUUUUGUAUAGGAUUGUACUGUUAGAUUCUUUGUGAGUGCAAUGGGCAAGUUUUUCCUCUUCUCUUCUGCCUGCAUUUGCUGGUGUGCAAAAGGGCAAAAGCCCCCGUUUUAAAAGGGGAGUACUAAUGUGGUUUAACUCGAUGUUCUGAGGUAUAAGUCACUAUUGACUAUUUGGCACUAAACUGGCUUUCAUCUCAGUGCUUCAGCUUAACUGGCUCGAGGUCAAACGGACCUCAAUAUCCAAGUAGCAGUUACACAAGCAAACCUUCAGAUUGCAGCGAGCGAAAGAGUUUGAAACUGGAAAACCAAAUGCCGGAACAGUGGAGACUGUGAAGGUUAAUGUGAAUUGUCGACGCUCCUAUGCUCCUGAUGUGUGUAUGCAUAGGACCUUUGUUUGCUUUUCCAUUUAAUAUUUCCAUAUUUUAUGUACUGAAUAAUAAUAAUAAUAAUUUUCUUCUAAUAUGAAAUUGAAUGUCUGAUUUAUGCUGAUCUGAAGGUGUGUUUUUGUUUGUUUGUUUAUAAUAAAAUGGUUGGUUUUUGAAUUUGA